AUGGCACAACCAUCUCAGAAAGGUAUAUCUUUAGCCAACCUGGCUGCUAAAGCGAUUUCGUCUCGCGGACACGAGCGCUUUCCCAGCCUCAAAGGAGAGCCGUCGCUAUGGGAGCAGCUGUCGGGCGUCCAAGGUCCGACAUUAUCCCCUAGAGGAAUCAACACCAUCAUUGUCUUUCCGGGCUCGUUCAACGCCCCCCACAAAGGCCACAGAGACUUGCUCGAGCACGUCAUGAGAAACGCAGGCGAAGAUCUGAAUGUCCGCGCCGCCAUCAUCGCCCCAACAAAUGACGAAAGACUGGCCCGGAAGAUGAAGAACGACCCCCAGGCACCGCUGCUGUCCAAAGCGCAGCGGGUGCUGCUACUGCGCAUGUCGGGAAUGGGGGAGGGUCAUUGCUGGGCAUGUAGCGGGUCCCAGAGUGACCUCGGGGAUCUCAUCGCGGCCCUGAAGGCUGAAUUUCAAGAACAGGAUAUCCGCGUACAAUGGGUCAUGUUGGCCGGUCCAGAGAAUUUUGGGGAAAACGGCGUCCCAAAGCCGCUGUUCUGGGCCUGUCCUCAUGUCAUCGCGAGCAACGUAUCUCGUCCUUGCGAGGCUGCUACGGACGGGUCACUUCACCUGAAGGACGUCUGGGGCUUUGCCGAGUGGAAUAGGGUCGAGUUCGAUGAAGCGAGGCUGUUCAAGCAAGUCAAGACCAAGGCCCAGAUGAGAGGGGUUCGCGCGGACUCCAGCGAGAUGCAAGCGGUGGUGGAAGCUGCCGUGACCAAUAUGUCAAGGCUGAGGCAGACUCGCCCUCAUCGAACCCCCAUCAACAAGGGCACGGGGUUCAUUCGCUUUGUGUUUGCCCAGGAUCUCAGCAACGGUCGGCCCGACGCCCCAAGCUCCUCGAGAAUUCGAGAGCUUCUGAAGAAGAUUACUGCUGGAGAUAGGUCGGACGAGGUCGUCGGGGAACUUGGCAGCAUGUCGCUUUGCACGGACACGCUUGUAUCAUAUAUCAAGACGUAUCAGGUCAACCCAGAGCUGAGGAAGAUCGAGGAGUUAGCGAGGGAGAAGGCUACGAAGCAAUUGGAAGUCGAGUGGUGAG